CUACCACCUAUAUAUAUGGAGUAGAGUACAUACAAUGAUACAAAUCGGUUGACACCAACAUAGGAAACUUGAACUUUUCAUAGCAAACUAAUUUCAUAAAUCCAGAAAGAUAAAAAAAACUGUCAUUCUCUUCUUUGUACUAUUUGUAUGGAUCUUUACCUUCUUAUCUUUAUUUUCUCACUUCCCAAUUGGCCCCUAAAUGCCUUAAAGUUUAACUAAUCACGUGUUAAUUUGUUGUUGAUUCAGUGACCCUUUUCUUUGUUUGAUUGAUUGGAACUAUUUUCUUGGAGUAUUUUGCAUGAGAUUCCUAGAAAUAACAAAAACGUUAUGGAUAAGGAGACCGAUACUCGGAUUCAGAGAGCUCUGGAGACAGUAAUCACUAUCAGAUUGGAUCAAAAUCUUGAAAAUGAGGAUUCAGGGAUUGGUGGGAAUGAGGUGAUAGUGAAGGAUUUGAAGCAAGAGAAUUUUUCAAGUGUGAUUGAUGUGAAGUAUGAUGUUGAGGAAGGAAAAUUGGAGAAGAAUUUGGAUGGUGAUUUUGAGAAGGUGUGUAGGAUAUGUCAUUUGGAUACAUUUGAAAGUGGAAAAAAAUGGGUGGAUUUGAUUGAGAUUGGUUGUGGAUGUAAAGGAGAGCUUGGAUUUGUUCAUUCUCAUUGUGCAGAAACUUGGUUUAAGCUUAAAGGAAAUAGAUUGUGUGAAAUUUGUCGGGAGAUUGCAAAAAAUGUCACUGGUAUCAGCGACAAUAGAUUUAUUGAAGAGUGGAAUGAAGCGAGAUUUAUUGCAAGUGCUACUGGUUCAGCAGACCGAGAUAGAGCACGCUGGCGUGGACAACCAUUUUGUAACUUGUUGAUAGCAUGCCUGAUAAUAGUUUUUUUACUACCGUGGUUUCUCCGUGUAAGUUUGUUUUGAUGAGGUAAAUAGAGUUAACUGUUUCUUGCCUCAAAUCUUUUUCGGCGUCUUACAGAUAGCAAGGUUUUGAGUGUUUUUAGUACAUAAAACCAGCAUAACUUAUACCAUUGCUGCGUCUUUCACAUGAUCUGAGCUAAGUUCUUGGUCGAGUUUACAAAUAAUAUAGCCUUUUUCUGAGAUAAGUGGGAUUAUAUACUUCAGAUCUUCUUUUGAAUCUGUAUCAUUUUCUUAGUUUGGCUAUAUAAUAUUAUUGUUUAAGUUGGCAAUAACGUUUGACCUUUAGAUCCUGGAGUGGCAUGAUUCAUACAUCAUCCAUGAAACCUUCCUUUUAUUUAGAUGAGGAAAUCAUUUAUCUUUAUAUGAGAUUUUGAACAAGUUCUUAAGACAUGAAUUACAUAAUAUGGCAUGCUAUGAGCUACAUUCUAUUUUUCUUUCUUAUUUUGAUACUCCUAUGUAACUUCUGAUGUCUGCUUUUCUGGUCCAAGAUGUUCCCUGUAAUUAAAAAUAAUGGAUUGAG